GGGCUGCACGCCACCUGGCCCCCGUGACUCUCCUACCCUCGCCUCCUAAACCCUCUUUGCCUUGCUUGUUCAGGACUUAAACCCUACAAGAACGACGAGGGCUUCGCUGGAAGCUUUUCUCAGAGAUUCGUCGUCAGAUAAUCCAGAGGGCUAUUGGAAGGUAAGAAAAUGAAUUUGAAGAACAUGAAGGUUCCAAACAUUCCAGGGGGUGGUGCAGCCUCCGCACUCAUUAAAUUGGGAAUUGUUGGUGGUCUCGGCUUGUAUGCAGUUUCCAACAGUCUUUACAAUGUUGAGGGAGGUCAUCGAGCUAUUGUUUUCAACCGCGUUGUUGGUGUCAAGGACAAGGUUUAUCCUGAAGGAACACACUUCAUUAUUCCAUGGUUUGAAAGGCCAGUAAUAUAUGAUGUCAGAGCACGGCCGCAUCUAGUUGAAAGUACUACAGGAAGUCACGAUCUCCAGAUGGUGAAAAUUGGGCUUCGUGUUCUUACUCGUCCUUUGCCUGAUCAACUUCCUACAAUUUAUCGAACACUUGGUGAGAAUUUUAAUGAGAGGGUCUUGCCUUCAAUCAUUCAUGAAACUUUGAAAGCUGUUGUUGCACAAUACAAUGCCAGCCAGCUUAUUACACAGAGAGAGACUGUUAGUAGGGAAAUUCGGAAGAUCCUGACUGAGAGGGCAUCCUACUUCAAUGUCGCCCUAGAUGAUGUUUCAAUUACCAGCCUGACCUUUGGCAAAGAAUUUACAGCAGCUAUUGAAGCCAAGCAGGUGGCUGCACAAGAAGCAGAGAGAGCUAAAUUUGUUGUGGAAAAGGCUGAGCAAGACAAAAGAAGUGCUAUAAUUAGAGCACAGGGUGAAGCAAAGAGUGCUCAACUGAUUGGUCAAGCCAUUGCCAAUAAUCCAGCUUUUAUCACAUUGAGGAAGAUAGAAGCUGCGAGAGAAAUUGCUCAAACAAUAUCAAAUGCAGCAAACAAGGUUUACCUCAAUUCAGAUGAUCUGUUGCUGAAUCUUCAAGAGAUGAAUUUGGAUCCAGUCAAAAAAUGACUUGGUCGGCCAUUCUUAGAAUGCGAUGACUGAAAUGAAAGUAUUCGAGAACGUGGAAUGUGUUUGACUGAAUUUAGCCUUUCGGAACCUUUGGCAGAGGGAUUGAUUGAUAUUUUUAUGUUAAGCGCACACAAAAUGAAAGGGAUUCAGCUAAUUUUGUUACCAUUUUUUUUUUGAAUUAUAUUUCUCCAAUUUGCUUUGAGGAUAUAAUUGCACCAGAAUGUGUUUUAAAUGAACGAUUCUUGCUUCUCGCUGAA